AUCGUAAAACCAUAUACGCAAGAUAUACUUACAAACCUUGUUUGACUUGGUUGCGCCAAAUCCUUAGACCGAAUCUCAGCGUUCAAUGAGCAAGUGAUUCAGUUGCAUGACGAGAUCGUAUUCAUGUAAACAUGACUGAUGGAUAUUAUAUUAACACCGCCUAUCAAAAUGAUGAGAUUGAACUGGAGAAACAGGGACCAAAAACUGAUGAAGCUACACCGAAAGCCGUCUUGACUGAUUCUCUUCCCGACGAACCUAACAAUAAUAGUAAUCAAAAAAGAGCAACAUGGGGCAAGAGUAUAGAAUUUCUGAUGUCGUGCAUAGCAAUGAAUGUCGGUUUAGGAAAUAUUUGGAGGUUUCCUUUUGUGGCGUAUGAAAAUGGUGGAGGAGCCUUUCUAAUCCCGUACCUUAUAGUAUUGGUAUUAAUUGGUAGACCCAUGUACUACCUGGAAAUGUGUCUGGGGCAAUUCAACAGUAGAGGCAAUGUCAAGAUAUUCGAGAAUUUAGCUCCCGUCUUGAAAGGACUGGGUUACGGUCAACUAAUAGGCACGAUGUGUGUCGCCAGUUAUUACGCAUCUUUGAUGGCCAUCACACUAUUUUACCUCAUAAAUUCUUUUACGGCAAACCUUCCAUGGGCCAAGUGCGAUCCCUCUUGGGCGAAUACAACAUGGCUUAAGGACGCGGAAUGUGUUCCAUCAAAUGGAAGAGCGACCACAGCCAACGUCACUAUUAGUUCAGCAGAAAUGUGGUUCAGAGCAGAAGUACUGAAGGAAUGGGACGACAUAUCAGAGGGCAUUGGCUUGCCAGAAUGGAGGCUAACUUUAUGCCUACUGUUCUGUUGGAUUGUGGUUUUUGCUGUUUGUGCCAAAGGUGUACAUUCAUCAGGAAAAGCAUCGUACUUUCUAGCUCUGUUCCCUUACGUUGUCCUUGCUGCACUGCUAAUACGAGCUGUAACUUUAUCAGGAGCGGGAACAGGUAUUUUGUAUUUUGUUGAGCCAAAGUGGGAAAUGUUGAAAACUGCUAAGGUUUGGUAUUCCGCUGUUGUACAAUGCUUCUUUUCACUGAACAUAGGAUUUGGAUCAGUUUCCAUGUACGCAUCUUACAAUGAAUUCAGACACAAUGUCUACAGAGACGCAAUGGUUGUAACAACUCUGGAUACCUUCACUUCAGUAUUAGCUGGCUUAAUAAUAUUUGGCAUAUUGGGUAACUUGGCAGAUAAAAUGAACGUGGGAGUUGAAGAGGUUGUUAAAUAUGGUGGGACUGGAUUGGCGUUCAUAUCGUAUCCUGAAGCCAUUGCAAAAUUUGAUCGAGUACCUUGGUUAUUCUCACUGCUAUUCUUCCUCAUGCUCUUCGUAUUAGGCGUAGGAAGCUUAGUAGGCUUAUAUGCAAGCCUUGUCACUGUAAUCAUGGACUCUUUUCCUGAUCUGAAAAUUUGGCAUGUGUCUGCGAUGUCAGCCCUCUUUGGAUUUCUUGUUGGAAUGGUCUACGUAACACCAGUAAGUAAGAACCUACUAACUGCAUGGCAUUGUUGUCCUUAGAAGCAACCCAACGGCAACCCGAUUUGAACCCGCCUCAUAUUGUUGUGGAAAGUUUGCACAAUGUCUUAACUAGUAAGAAUGUGGGAUAUCAAUAGGGGAGGUUGACUAUAGGGGUAGGUAGACUAACCGCCAAAAACUCGUCAACGAUAUGAGUAUUACGUCAUCCCGGCCCAGUCGCGCAUUACUCUCCGACCCCCGCUCAGUUGUCCGGAGCGCCACGUCGCGGAUGCACGUCGUUUUCGAGCAGUGACGCGUGAUUUGUUUUCGUGUCAUGUAAGUAAUAUUUUCAUAUUUUUCCAUCUGACAUUUACACAUUUUUAUAUUAACCAUUUGCCUAUUAGUCAGAGUGUUUCGUGGGUACAUAUUGAUAAUAUUUCAUGUAUUAUUUCUUAAGUUCAUGGCAGUGCUUAGGUAACCCAUGUUAUUGAAACUUAAAAUGGCGUCUGGGGUUGGUAGACUAACUCCUUUCGGGGCUGGAUGAAUAGUUAGUCAACCAACACCAAUAUAAUUUGAAGUUUAAAAUAUCUCGUAAAUUAACAUUUUAUUUGUGUUUUAGUAUUCAUUUUGUUACAGUACAAUGAGGACCUAUAAAAGAGGGACUGAACGAGCUGAUACACCAAAAGAUGUCCAGAAAGAGCUUCUCAUCUAUGUAAUGUAAUACGAAUUUGAAACCAUCUAUAUCAGAGAAAAAUGCAAAAACCCAUACAUUCCCAUUCAUUCUCUAUAUCCCUUAAAAUUGGAACCAUAGAAAUAGCAGCAAUAAAUUUUUUGUUACUAAAACAUCCAUCUUAAUUUGGCCCCAUCCGUUUAUAAACAACUGCAAGUAUGUGCGACUUCAAAACUAUCCUCACUCGCUCCCAAAUUUGGUGGCUACCUUUACCUCUUAAAGCGUUUUUCCGCCGUUAUGAAAAAUUCAUCUCUCUUAGACUUUUACGUAGAAUAAAUGGGGCGAUGGACACCUAAGAUGGUUUCCUUGUUAGAGAUAGUGCUAUUACUUUGUUAUUUUGCAAUUAUAUUUGCUGUGCUGGUAGUAUGUGCAGCUAUGUAAAGCUUUCUGUGUCCGAACUUUAAAACCGAAACUAUUUUAGGGAGGGCAAUGGAUAUUUACAAUGGUGGAUUACUUUGGAGGAACAUUUAUAUUCUACGUAUUGACAUUGGUUGAAAUAAUAUCUAUCUCUUGGUGGUAUGGGCUCGACGAGAUAUGUUUAGACAUCGAGUUCAUGCUGAAACGAAAACCAGGCGCUUAUUGGAGAAUUUGUUGGGGCAUAAUUGUUCCUUGCGUUCUGUUGACCGUCUUCGCCUAUUUCGUGGCAACACUGGAGCCACUGAGGUAUUUGAAUAAGGUAUACCCCAGUUACGUUAUAGUUUGGGGCUGGGCAGUACUUGGAUUUGGCGUACUUCAAAUUGCUAUCUGGAUGAUAGUUGAGUUUAUAAGAAGGAUGAAACAGCAAGAAUGCGGAAGGUGUCAGGAGGUGACGGUCUCAAUGUUCAGUCAUGACCAGUGGGGUCCUCAAGAUCUCGAGAUAAAGAAAAAAUGGACAGAAUUUAAGGGAAACGUAAAGGUCUGCAGAGCCUUGAAGAACAGAAGUCGAAUCAUGGAAAAACUUUGUAUAAUGAUAGGCAGAUGAUAAAUAAAUUUAAAAUACGAA